AUGUCAACUAUUUUUAAAGAAAUUAACAACCUUCCUUUCGAUGAUAACAAAAAGGCUGACCUACUCGAUUUUUUUACUAAUAGAGACACGACUAGAGUGGAAACAGUUCUUCUAGCAACCGAAAAAGAUGAAGUGAAAGUCAACUACUUGAGGAAACAUGCCAAAUCUCUAAGAGAUAAUUUAGAUGAACAUCAAGAAGAUAAAGACGAAACUUCAAUUAUUUACAUUUGUAAAUGCUACCGCGAUUUGGCAAAGAUUGCAUUUGAUAAGAAAACGAAAAAAAGAUUGCGAAUCAGCAGUAAUCCAGAAUCAUAUCAGAAAAAUUCAAAUGCAUGGUACAUUGUGAAUGCUAAGAUACCGGUUAAAGUUAAUGCAAGAACAAUUCUUUUAUGUUCAUCUAGAAAGGAUCUCUAUAGAGAUUUUGACAAGUUUGGACUUUUAACAAUACAGUUCAUGCCAGUUUGGAGACGAAGAGAGAUCGAUGAAUGCAGGGAUAAAAUUUUUUAUAACAUUGAGAAAGAAAAUGUUGAAGAAUUGUUUUUGAAGUGGAGAGGAAUUCCUAGGUUCGUUUUAGAACAGGCUAAUGAUAAAGGUUAUCAAGACAUGUUUGAAAAGGCAAUUAACAAGUAUAGCAUAGAGAUAUUUAAAUACAUUAGUGAAUCAACGGAUAUAGAUAAAAUGAGCCACAAGCUCAUUCACAUUUAUACGAAUCUUCCAUUCACUGAUGAAGUAAAAGACGAAAAUGAAAUGGAUUUAGAUACUAUUCUCACUAUUCCUAAUGAUGUAAUGCUAGAUCAACACAGCGAAGGACCCUAUACAAAGUCAAUUGUAAGAUUCACCUCUAACUUUGUUAAGCAAGAAGUGACUAAAAUACUCGAGGAAGACAUAAAGAACAAAUUGCGUACUGAAACGAAUUUAAGCUUAAAAGCAGGAAUCAGUAAUUCAUUAUUGGGCAUGUUAUUUGAACAGAUUGCUCAUCGGAUGCUAUGUGAUGGGGGAAUUUUCAAAACACGUUCUUUAGAACUCAAUGGUUUAGAGAAAGUUCUCGUUAUUAACAG